CACCCGCCACUGAACCCUCUUCCCAACGGUUAGAUUUCUCUCUCUCUCUCUCUCUCUCUCUCUCUACUGUAUACCUUUUCUUUUGCAAAACUGAAGAAGAGAAUUGCAAAAGAUGAAGCAAUUUGGACCCACGAAUGUCCUCUUCCUUGGAUUUCGGAACUAUUUUCUUCUGACAGACAAACACAAACACAAACACAAACCCCUUUCCUUGAAAUCCUCGAUCCUCCGCAGAUAUCGCAAGACCCAAAUGAAAAAGAGCGAGAAUGAGAAAUUCACUGACACCCCAUCAACUCGUUACACCCAAUUUCCUCUCCUUUUUUGCAGGGGGUUACCCAAAUCCAUUUUGGUCCCUCUAAUGCUUCUAAUCUCCAUACCCAUUUUCAGCUAAAUGUAGGGGGGGAUUCAAUCCCCAAUCUGUUUGACCAAUUCCCAAUUCCCAAUCCCCCACCAUUUGGGGUCGAUCUGGGUUUUCACCAAUUCGAGAUCGGCCUUUCAUGGGUUUUGGGGUUUAAUGGGUUGCGUUAGCUCGAAAAAGGCCAGGUCGCCUGAUUCCGAUUCCACCUCCGCCGCCAAUGCUCGUCGCAAUGUUUCUGUUUCGUAUUUCGAUUCGGCACGAGCUGGGUUUGGGGAAUUGGAGAAGAUAAAGGAGGAACCUGAGAAGGAGAAUGAGGAGGAAUUGGUUGACAGAGGUGGUAAAAUUCCCAUUUCCAAGUCCACAAAGAAGGGCAAUUCUGACAAAAAAGCUGUUUUUAGUUUGAGAUUUGGAAGGUAUACCGAAGCUGAACAUGUCGCUGCCGGUUGGCCCUCUUGGCUCAGCGCUGUCGCCGGUGAUGCCAUUAAUGGAUGGUUGCCUUUGAGGUCGGACUCAUUUGAGAAAUUGGACAAGAUUGGACAAGGGACAUACAGCAGUGUGUACCGUGCACGUGAAGUUGAAACAGGUAGGAUAGUUGCACUGAAGAAGGUCCGGUUUGACACUUAUCAACCAGAGAGUGUCAUGUUUAUGGCACGAGAAAUUACGAUUCUCCGCAGGCUUGAUCAUCCAAACAUCAUGAAAUUGGAGGGGCUAAUUACUAAUCGUUUAUCGUGCAGCAUAUACCUUGUAUUUGAAUACAUGGAACACGAUCUUUCUGGACUAUUAUCAUGUCCUGACAUCAAAUUUAGUGAUGCACAGAUUAAGUGCUACAUGCGGCAGCUAUUAUCUGGACUUGAGCACUGCCACUCACACGGAGUAAUGCAUCGAGACAUCAAAGCAUCUAAUAUUUUGGUUAAUAAUGAAGGAGUUUUGAAGAUAGCAGAUUUCGGAUUGGCAAAUUAUGUUAGUGCAAGGCACCGGCAAGAAUUAACUAGUCGUGUAGUGACUUUAUGGUAUCGUCCUCCUGAACUUCUACUGGGAUCAACAAAUUAUGGGACAUCUGUGGAUAUGUGGAGUGUGGGCUGUGUAUUUGCUGAACUUUUCUUUGGCAAGCCCAUCCUUAAGGGAAGAACAGAGGUUGAACAAUUGCACAAAAUCUUUAGGCUUUGUGGUACUCCAGCUGAUGACUACUGGAAAAAGUCUAAGCUUCCUCUUGCAUCUAUGUUUAAACCCCAGCAUCCUUAUAUAAGUUCUCUCCGAGAGAGGUGUAAAGAACUCCCAAAAAGUGCUGUCACCCUUCUAGAAACUUUUCUUUCCAUAGAACCUUACAAGCGUGGGACUGCUUCAUCUGCCCUUGAGUCCGAGUAUUUCACCACAAAGCCUUAUGCGUGUGAUCCAUCUUGCAUGCCAAGGUACCCACCAAACAAAGAGAUUGAUGCAAAAAUGCGUGAAGAAGCACGAAGAAGAAAGGCUGGUGUCAGAGCACGAGCAUCUGGAACUUCAAGAUAUUCGAGAAGAACCCGUAAAGCUUUCCAAGAACCAAGCUCCAUCUCAAAAGUGGGGUUGGAAGGCACUACUCAUUUUGGUCGUAGAAACAAUGGUAGUGGUGCAUAUGCACUCAACUCCAAAGGAGUCACUGAGUCUCGGGACUCAUUGACAUCAUAUGAUACAGUGUCUGAGGCUUCUCAGACAACAGAGGUUUCCCAAGUAGACAGUAUUCGCUCGGUCCCAGUAAUCACUGCGUCAAAUGAUUUUGCCUGGGCGAAAAAACGAAAGGGCAAUGCUGCCUUCACAAGAUUUCAGAGUCAGGGCAGUCCAAGAAUUCCAAAUUUAAGUCCAUUAGACCCGUCAAGCGUCCUACACGCAAGGGAUACUUUGGACUCUGAGGAGCAUGAGAGUGAAGAAAUUUUAAACAAGGAAGUCAAUGAGUUGUACGAGGUUGCCAAGCAUGAUAUGAGGAGACUACAAAGUGAUAAUUCUUAUCUGCCGGUUUCUUUUGCUACAUCUGAAUUGCACCAUUCUCAGGAAUUCUCGGUAGAUUUGCAUAAUAACAAAAAACCGCAAUUCUCCUCGGGCCCAUUGUUCUCUCAGCAAGAUAGACUUGAUGAAGGACAAGAAGAUCUUAUUGGGCAAAGCGUUCGUAGAUCAAAAUUUUCUAGAGGCUUGUAGUGCAAAGGAACUGGGAGUGGAAGAUCCUCCGCAAGCCAUAUCUAUCAAGCAGUUUGUGCCCUUGCGUGCUGACAUAUCCCCGUUGUUACCUUCCUGAGGUUUUAGCCCCUGAACUCUGUGAUUGUACCUAUUGUACCCCUGAAGAACAAAAAGAAAAAGGAAAGAGAGAGAGAGAGAGAGAGAGAGAGUUCAUUCAUUCAUGAGAUAUAAUGAGUUGAGCACAAAGUUAAAUGCUUAAAAUUUGUCAUACAAUUGGCAAAACAGUGUGUGGUUUCAGAUGUUUUGAAAGCAUGCAAAGUUAUAUUACUUCUUGGAGAAAGCCAUGUAAAUAAUGGUGGAAUAGUUUCAUUUUUGGUAGUGUCCAAAUCACCCUUUUUUGUCCAAGGAUUACAGUUACAUUUUCUUUUUUCUCUUUUUAUUUUGAAAAAAAAAAAUUUCCCUUAAUAGACCACCGCCUUUGGUA